GAAAGUCGAGAAGCUUACAACCAAGCUAUUCUCUUGAUGAAGGUGUGAUUCAUUCUCACAGAUGGCUCCUCCAUGGGUAAGAAACAUUGUAUGGCAAGUGCAAUUAUUGCAUUGUCGAUGUCAGAGAUGCUUUUUCACAAAUCAUUGUGGGACUCUAGAUUGUGUAGAGUGUCAGGCACAAGGUGCUCAAAAUGCCAUGGUCAUGUGGGAUUAGCAAAAAUGAAGUGUUACAGAUAGUAAACAGAAGAAUAGAGUUGCAGCAUGAAGCAGAAUCAGAAAAACUUUAUGACAAUUCAAUAAUCAAUUACGAAUGGGAAAAUUAAAGAAGAUUGUGACUCAUCAAGAGAAUUAUUUUCCUGUUAAACAAACUCCAAACAAUUCAAAC